UCCAGUGAUGACUAGAGCCGCGACUACAUGUUCCGCCUCUCAAACACUCAGACAGGGAGAGAUGGGACUGCCCAGCCCAUACAAAAGCAUAAGUGAUUUCCCCUCUUUCAUGCUGUGCUGCCUCUUCUUGGACCUUUUCCCGCUCGACCGUUUCCACCCUUUUCUUCUCGUCAAACUUCCUUCUUCACUUCUCAACAGCGCACUGGGGGCAGCUUAGACUUAUUUACCAUACAAUUUUUCUCUUCUUACUCUCCUCUCCCUUCUCCUGUCGAAACGAAUCUCACGAAUCUACUUUCACGAAACGAUCACGAAAAUCGACAAGAUGGGUCUUAUUCUUCCUCUCCGAAUUGUCCAGGGUGUUCUGGCGUUGGUGAUCCUGGGUCUCUCGGGCUUUAUCGCCAACUGGUACAACAUGGACACGAUGACUUCGUCUCCGUCCCAGAUCAACUUCUUGGUCUUCGUACCGCUCUGGUCUUUCAUCUCGAUUGCCUACCUCGAGCUUGUGCCCAAGUUCGCUCCUAGAGCUUCCCACCCCUGGGGUGCCGUUGCCUUUGAGCUCCUCAACGUUAUCUUCUACUUCGCCGGCUUCAUUGCCCUCGCCGUCUUCCUCGGCAAGCUUCUCUUCUGCCGUGGCACCGUGUGCGCCGCUGCCCGUGCCGACACCGUCUUGGCCGCUCUCGAGUUCUCCCUCUGGGCCGGCACCUCCCUCCUCAUGGUCAAGGAUGUUUUCAAGACGGGGUUCCGCAAGUCCAGCGCCGCUGGCCCCCCUCCUCAAAUGAAGGAGUCUGCGUAAGCUACGCCGACUCUUUCAAGUCAUUCCACGUCGCCCUCGAGGAGCGCAGACGUGAGGCAUCCGUGGAGCUGAUUAGAGCCAAGCGGAUGCCUUCGUGGGACCGGAAGAGCGAUCGAAAAUCCAUCUGGGAACUCGACCAGAGACGCAUCUACGGCCCGGGAUUUAGUGAUGUAAACCUCGUCUAGAUGACUGGUUUACGAAACGGGAAACGGGGACAGCAACAGCAGUGGAUGGGGUUUAGGUGUCAUUGGGUUGACAACUGACCAAGGUUACAACGGAAAAAGUGCGUGAAUCGGAUACAGUUGGUUUUUGGGUUGGUCAUUUCAAUAAGGACGUAGAUGCUAUCCGUAUUAUUACUAUUCUAUAGGCUGCGGUCUGUAGUCUUUCCUCCCCAUAAUCUCUUAGUCUUGGUUCACCUACUUCCAUCGCGUGCUAUUUGAUAUCGACAUUGAACAAGAAUUCGUGUAAAGGGG